GAACCCGUGACGACUGGAUGAGUCAAAUGCUUCAGAGAAACGUCGAUGUGUUCCAGCCCAGCGAUCAAUAACAAAAAAAAAAUGCAACUGAUUGGAGAGAGAAAAUGUACUUUUGCAAGAAGACAAUGAUUGACAGAAGGAGGUUUAAAAGUUUAAAAGUCCACCUGGUCUGCAGCGCCACACAAAUCUGAUUGCCGGGAGGGAACUAACUUUUAUUUUAUUUUGGUUUUGUUUUUGCCAAAAAUGAGGAUUGUAUCGGCCGUGCUGCUGUGUCUGGGUUUGAUGCUGGUGCUGCCUGGACCAGGAAGGGGGGAAGAACUUCCCGACCCGCCCGCCGUGGACUGCCAGUGGAGUCGCUGGUCUGAGUGGGGAGUUUGUGAUCCCUGCACUUUGACACGGAGGCGUUCUCGAAGCGCAGUGGUUUUUGGUCAGUUCGGUGGCGAGGCCUGCCAGGGCUCGAUCGGCGAGCGGGAGCCUUGCGUCGCCGAUACAGAAUGCCCACAAGCGCCACUUCCUGCGUGCUCGGACACGGAGUUCCAGUGCGAGUCAGGCUCUUGCAUCAAGAAGAGGCUGAUGUGCAACGGAGACUACGACUGCGAAGACGGUUCCGACGAGGACUGCGAUCCCCUCCGGAAACCGUGCGGCUCCUCAGUCCUGGAAAACAACGAGCAAGGCAGGACGGCAGGAUACGGAAUCAACAUUUUGGGCGCCGACCCCCGGAUGAACCCAUUUAACAACGACUAUUUCAACGGGAAAUGUGACCGAGUCCGGAAUCCGUACACCGGACAGCAGGACAGGCUUCCUUGGAACGUCGGUGUGCUCUACUAUCAGACACUUGCAGAGGAAACGGUCUCCAGGGAAAUCUACGAGGACACGCACAGCCUUCUGAGAGAAAUCCUCUCAGAGAUGACGGAGAAAAUGGAGGCGGGACUUUCCUUCAAGUUCAGCCCCAGCGAGGAAUCCAUGUCGUCGAGUGCGCAAGGCGGCGUGGGUUUGGAUUAUCAGUACAAGAAGGAAUCAAUGAUCAGAGAGGUCUCGGAGUACUCCAACAUAAAGAACAAGAGCUUCAUGCGGGUCCGGGGAAAGAUUCAGUUGAACACCUACAGGCUUCGUUCCCGCGAGCUCCAAGUGGCCGACGAGUUCCUGGCGCACAUCCGGUCUUUGCCCGUGCAGUACGACAAAGCCAUUUACUUUGCCUUCCUAGAGGACUACGGGACCCACUACACCAAAAACGGGAAGUCCGGCGGAGAAUACGAGUUGAUCUACGUUCUUAACCAGGAUGCCAUCAAGGCCAAAAAUCUGACGGAGCGGAAGAUUCAGGAAUGCGUCAAAUUGGGCAUCUCGGUGGAUUUUGCCUCGGACAAUAUUAAAGAUGGCAAAGCUCACGCCAGCGACGACAAGUGUAAAACUGUAUCCACAAAUCUCCAAGACGAGAUCGCCGGCAAGGCAGUGGUGGACAAGGUGAUGACUUCCGUCAAAGGCGGCACCCUGGAGAGCGCGGUGGUCAUGAGGGCCAAGCUCAACAAAGACGGCGUGAUGGAUGUGGACACCUUCCAGAAGUGGGCUCGGACCAUCGCCAACGCCCCGGCGCUGCUCCACAGUGAGCCGCAACCCAUCUACACCCUGGUCCCUCUGGACAUGGUUGACGCCAGCGCCAGGAUCGCCAACAUGAAGCGGGCCACGGCGGACUACAUAGCGGAGUACAGCGUGUGCAAGUGUAGCCCGUGCCACAAUGGCGGCACCCUGGCUCUGCUGGACGGGAAGUGUCUGUGUCUCUGCUCGCAUCUCUUCGAGGGGCGGGCCUGCCAGAAUUUCAAAGGCGACAAAGUCAAGCACUCGGUGGCUACGAGGCCCACGGUCUCCCAAGAGGGAAACUGGUCUUGCUGGUCCAGCUGGUCCAGCUGUAGCGGUGGUAAGCAGACCAGAACGAGGGCCUGCAACACGGUAGGACUCCUCGGCGCCACCUGUAGGGGAGACACCAGCAGCGAACAGUACUGCUAAACAACAACCACGCUUGCUAAAUCCAAGUCUGGGAAACAGCGGCCCCCAGUGGUUGAAGACGGUAUCGCGGAAAUGUCGGCAUUUCUUUUUGUUGGUGAUAACCAUUGCUGCAUCUGUUUUGUAGUACAAAUAAACUUUAUUAAUCAUAACCACAUAAAAAGUUGCUGCAAAAAACGUGUUGGUAAAGUUGUAAAACUACAAGAACACUUUUGAAACAUUGACUUUGUCUACAGCAGGCAGGGGUCACCAACCUUUUUGAAAGCAAGAGCUACUUCUUGGGUACUGAUUAAUGCGAAGGGCUACCAGUUUGAUACACACUUAAAUAAAUUGCCAGAAAUAGCCAAUUUGCUCAAUUUACCUUUAACUCUAUGUUAUUUUUAUUAAUUAAUGAUAUUGGAUGCACCUGGGGAUAGGUUGAUUGGCAACACUAAAUUGGCCCUAGUGUGUGAAUGUGAGUGUGAAUGUUGUCUGUCUAUCUGUGUUGGCCCUGCGAUGAGGUAGCGACUUGUCCAGGGUGUACCCCGCCUUCCGCCCGAUUGUAGCUGAGAUAGGCGCCAGCGCCCCCCGCGUCCCCGAAAGGGAAUAAGCGGUAGAAAAUGGAUGGGAAAAAUGGAUGGAUAUUUAUCUUUGUGGAAACCCUGAUCAUCUUAAUGAUUUCUCACAAUAAAUAUAUAUAGAAACAGAUAAAUAUUUUUAUGAAUAUAUUUCGGCUCUUUAAAAUUCAAAAUUCAAACGAAAAAAAGAGGAGAAAAACUAGCUAAUUUGAAUCUUUUAGAAAAAAUUCAAAAAAUAAUUUAUGGGACAUCAUUAGUAAUUUUUCCUGAUUAAGAUUAAUUUUAGAAUUUUGAUGACAUGUUUAAAAUAGGUUAAAAUCCAAUGUGCACUUUGCUAGAAUAUAUAACAAAUUGGACCGAGCUAUAUUUCUAACAAAGACAAAUCAUUUUUUUGAAUUUGAAUCCUAAUAAGUUUGAAGAAAUAUUUCACAAAUAUUCUUUGUCGAAAAAACAGAAGUUAAAAUGAAUAAUUAAAUUAAAAUUGAUUUAUUAUUCUUUACAAUAAAGAAAAUAAACGUACUUGAACAUUGAUUCAAAUUGUCAGGAAAGAAAAGGAAGGAAUUUAAAAGGUAAAAAGGUAUAUGUGUUUAAAAAUCCUAAAAUCCUUUUUAAAGUUGUAUUUUUUUCUCUAAAAUUGUCUUUCUGAAAGUUAUAAGAAGCAAAGUAAAAAAAUAAAUGAAUUUAUUUAAACAAGUGAAAACCAAGUCUUUAAAAUAUUUUCUUGGAUUUUCAAAUUCUAUUUGAGUUUUGUUUCUCUUAGAAUUAAAAAUGUGGAGCAAAGCCAGACCAGCUUACUGGUAAAGAAAUAAAAUGCAAAAAAAUAGAGGCAGCUCACUGGUAAGUGCUGCUAUUUGAGCUAUUUUUAGAACAGGCCAGCGGGCGACUUGGUGCCCGCGGGCACUGCGUUGGUGACCCCUGCUCUACAGGAAUAAAGUGGGAAUGGUACGAGAAAUAUUGCAAUAUUAUCUUUCUAUGUAUGUUCUAUUAGUGUGUUCUAUUUAAUCACACAAUAAACUGUGUGUGGUCCA